AUUCGCUGCCCCGUGAGUAGCGGAGGCGGAGGCCUGAUUGACGCAGGAACGAGUCAAUCUCCUCCGCCCGCGAGUCCCGGUCUCCCUCCCUCCCCUCCUCAACCCCCCGCUGCUGAGGACUGGCUGCACAUUCCUCACCCUCCGGAUCUCCGUAGGACAGAAGCGCGGCGGCGGAACCAAACGCGCCGAGGACCCGACGGAUUUAUUCGGCACAUGAUACUUUCCAAGGGUCAAUGUUGGGUCGAGGUGUGAAGCGGAAGUGGAGCUGCCUGGAGGAGCUGGAGGCAGAUGAGCUCCCUAAUGCUCUAGUGAUGGAGGAGAAAAAGCAGAACGGGGAAGAGGACAAAGAACAACGGUCAAGCAUGAGCCACCUGCAGCAGCGCCAGCUGGUGUUCAGCCUCUGCUUGCAGAAGCUGCAGCACUAUCAGGCCGGCAUGGAGCUCAGCCUGCAUCGCUCUGUGCUACUCAUCAACACCCUCAGGCAGAUUCAGGAGGAAAUGCGGAGCGACGUACGGCUCCACGGCGUAAACCCUGAUGCAUGUCUUCUCAGGGGUGAUUUCGAGUCGGUAACGUGUCCAGGGUGUGCAGAGGGAGAUGGAGAAAGCCUGUCUCUAUCCGCAGACAUGCCCUCUCAGGAGGCAAACGGCUCCACAGACCUGCAGAAAUCUCCCCCCAACACUGCCAGUAACACGUUUAGGGAUGCAGGAAAUACCAUGGGCUACCUAAGUGACCUUCCCCUGGACGAUAUCUUUGAGGACAUUGACACAUCCAUGUAUGAGACUUCAGAUCUGCCUUCUGCUUGGGGAGCUGCUGGUUCUUUGUGGCCGGUCAGUGUGUCAUUUUGGCCCGAUGAGGACAUUAAGUCACGUUCCUCAGCAGGAAGCCUCCAGUCGUGUCUGCUGGACCUGAAUGAACUGGACCACAUCAUGGAGAUUCUAGUAAAGUCCUGAUCUCUAGGAAUAAAAACUGGACAGGGACUGCAGCUGGUUGAUCAGGAGUACAAGGAAGCCUGUCUGAAUAAGGCCGACUGGUAAACCAUGACAUCAUGCUGGAUGUUUCAUGCUCCAUGUGACCACGACAGAACAUGUGCAGACAUGAAGAUGAAUAGCGCCCUAAUAUUAUUGCUUUUUCCUCUUUAACAACAAACUGAAUAUGCACUUAAACAUGUGCCUCAAAGUAGAUGAAAAUAUUUAUUAAAAUCUAAUUUAUAAAUAAAUAUAUAGAUGUAAUCACCUAGAGUUCCAACAGCAGUUGAUAAUAUUGCUUUCAGCGAUGUUCCUUUUUGUUUUGCAUGAUGGGAAUUAUUUCUCAAAGAUCUAAACAGGUUUCCUCAUGUGGAGGAAAACUGCAGUUGCCUUCUUUUUAGCCAACAGUGUUAAGAAACCAGCAGCUUUAAAAGAACAUUAAAUCAAACGAAUGUUAGGAUCUAAAACAUUUUAGAAUUUUAAAGUUAGUAUCUGGUACACACUAACCAAGAGGUAAAAAUAAACCACAUAUAUUUUUAAAUGUUUACAGAGAUGGUUUUAAUUUAUCACGCAACAGAUUAACAUAUUUAAAGAUGAAUUUAUCCGUAAAGUGAUACUUUAUGUAGCAAGCAGAAAAAUAUGUUCAGAAGGUCUGAAUGACCCAUAAGGCUUUUAGAAUUGAAUCAAAAUCUUUGUCUUCAACACAGAUUGUUUAGCAGAGAUCAUGCCAGGUUCAUGUUCCUUCAGUAUUGUAACAUUUUUACCUUCAAUCUAUCUUCUGGUCAACCUCUUUGCAUGAAAAGAUGGCUAUGGAAGAAGGAACCUGAGCUGCCAUGAAGGGUGCGUCACUCAGUCCUGGUUGAUAAUUAAUUAAAGUCCCUUAGGUUUCUUCAGAGACCAGACUUCCACCUACCAAGAGGGCAAAGACCUCGGUUUCUCUUUAGUAACGGGACAAUAAGUUAUUUUUACGAAGUACCAAAAGUGCCAAAAUAUAGUUUAAAAUAAAAUCAUUCAUGUUUGUAUAUACAUCUAGUUAACUAUUUAAUUAGAAAGAAAAUUCUUCAAAAUAGAUGCAUUUGUAUACAAAUAUAUUAAAUAUAUAAUUUAAAUACUUAUUUAAUUCAUCAAUUAAAAGACUUGGUAGUCUUUUAUUUAUAUAUAUUGUCUUUGUUUACUGUUUUCAUCUAUGUUGUAAUUCACCAAAUAGUUAAAUAAUUGAAUCUAUACUCAUCAUCAAAUUAAACUUUAUUUUUAAUCAUGCCCAAUGCCUGAAAAGAUUAAGGUUGACAGAUACAACUGAAUAAAAAAUAAUUCUAUUAAUUGAAUAUUUAAUAAAUUAUUUGAUUAAUUCAGAUUUUAAUUAGUGAUUUAGUUAUUUAUCUAAUUUGGAAACUUUUGAACCUCCAUUUUUCCACAUCAACCAGGGCCUUUUAACAAAGAUGCAGCUGUGUUGUUGAGUAUUUUACUUAUGUCCUGUGGUUAAAAGAAGAGCAGAUGCUUUGCCUCCAAUUUAUGGGUGAUUUUUUUUUUUUUUAAGCAAACAGGAACUUCUGUGUUGUUGUAUAUAAAGGGUAAAUCUAUGUACUUGUUAGAAUGUUUUAAACUAAAGUUUUUAUGUAUGAUUGAUAAACCGGCCUCAAACUGCAAUACAUGUGAGAGUUUAUAGUGAGUUUAACUUAUAAUGUUUAUUUUAUAAUUUUUUUGUUGGUAUGUUUUGAUGGAAUGGCUGCUGUUGACACAAAUGCACCGUUUGUGACGUCAAAGAGGAAUCGACAGCUUACCGUUGUUGUGGCAGCUCGUGUCUUUCAUAAAUCCAGCUUUACAUGAAAGAAGCGCAAAAACAUGUACCUUUUUUUUUUU